AAUUGUUUUAAUCUGAUAGAUACUUUUUUUUUGCAGGCUAUGAGUCCAAGAAUUGGACCAGGUCUGGGCCAGCUUCAGUCAACUUUGUUGAAGAAUUGCCCCCAAUUAUUUUGAAAACUGCUGGCAACAAGGGUUAUGUGACUCUUUUCUAUGAAGACAUGCAUGGAGUUGAAGCUUUUGAUACAGUCUUUGGUUGUCGUCCUGUGUUGAACUUUAGACACCCACCUGCCAAUUACUAUUCUAGACCUUACAUGGUGAACAGGGGUGAAACCACCACACAAAGUUUUCCUGAAUGCUAUGGUUCCAUAACAGCCAAUCAGUCUGUCAGCUAUGUUUCAAAGUAUUUAAGUGGACCAAUAAACACAAUCAUGACCCUGGAGACCAUCUCAAAGGCUGAUGUUCCAUGGAUCACAAUUUGCCCUGGCCCUGGAAUAAAUUUCACUGCUCUGGACUGGUACUACAUGAAUUAUCCUCCAAUCAACUACACUAUUAAAUAUGAGUCAGCUUCAGAAAAGAAGUAUUUUACAUAUGAUGGAAUUACAACACAUUCCUUGGGAGCAUUGCCAAAAUCAAGCAACAAAACAAUGGCUCAGUUCUUGGAUGAGGUCAUGAUGCCACUCUGGAAGUUCCAAUGGACCUGUCAGAUCACUGCUCAAGAAACAGACAAAAUCUAUGACUGCGGAUUUCCUUUUGCUGUCAAGAAAUUGCUCUUCACAACUCCAGGGAAACCUAUGGUGCAUCACACCCCAAUGGGAGUUUGGAAGACAGAAUUGAUUGCCUUUUCAAGACAGAUCCCUGACCUUUCUUUGACCCCUUGCAGCACCUUUCAACCCAACUUCACAUUAACAGCUGGGGUCACAAGGAUUGACUUCAAAUAUGCUAUUACAUUGGGAUCCUUCUACAACAUUAAGCAUGAUAAGCUGAAGUACUUCGCCCACAAACCAGCAGGUAUGCCCACAUUCAAGGUGUUCAUCAACCAGCAGCAUGAAAAGUUGGAUGAAUACCACUUCUUGGCUAAAAAAGAAGAAGUUGUCAGGGUGGAAAUUGGCACAGGAUCUCUUAUUGAGCUCAGUGCAAUUGACAAGUAUGAGUUCCUCAACACUGAGUCAAACCACUGCUUGAAUGAUGAGGGAGAAAUCCGGAUGGUCAUGGAUUGUCGCACCAAGUGCUUGGAAACAACCUUCCUCAAAGACACAUGCAGAUUGCAAGGGUACAGGAAUGGAUCAGAAAACCAACUGCCUCCAGUCUGCACAACUUCAGCAGAUUUUGAAAAUUUUCUUCACAAAAACUGGACCACUGAGGGUGUGGCAGAAUUUGCAGCUUGCAAAGAAGCUUGUUCUGAAAACUGCAUGCGCAUUGACUACAAUCUGAGAACCACCUCUGUUGAAGCAGAAGUCAACACCCAAGUCACCAACUACAGCACCAUUGGACAAGACUUCAGCAUUAGAUUGGCCAAAGCACUCACACUGUAUGUAAAAUCCCCUUAUGCAAAACUGGAGGAAAAACUGCUUGCAGAGCUGGUCUUUUUGGCAAAAAUCCCUUACACGGGAGUUGGUCCAGGUUUGGCAGCAAUCAUCCUGGGUUUCACAUACCCAUUCUACGAGUACCUCAGAACUGGACACGUGGACUAUCACCCAGGGAUAAUUUUUGACAAGGACUUCUCUGAAUACGUCGCCUGGUACUUCAAACACAAAAUCUACAAGGAGAAAUACUGGAAUCUGGAUGCCUAUCUUCACGACUACUUUCUGGCGCAGAAUGAAAAAAUGUCUCACUUUUUCACUCCGCAAAAUUUGACAACUACGGAACCAGAAAUGAAAUCGAACGACAUGGAAACUGUUUUGGCAGAGGUCAUUAAAGACCUGAUUAUGAAACAUCAGUCCUACAACAACAGCAAAAGCGAUCAAAAUUACGAGGACUUGAGAGACCUGGUGCUGAAAACGGCACUCGAGGAAUUCAGCAAAUCUUCAGAACCUCGGGAAAAUGUGAUCGACUCGGACACUUCACCUCAAUUUUCUUCAAGGCGUGGCUCAAUUAAUCUCAAAAGAAGAAGAUCAAGACCAAGAAGGCGAUUGGCUUCCUUCCGGAAAUUCGGCAAGACAAAGAAGCUGAAGGCGAAAAAGUACAAACAUUUUCAAAAGAAUCCACACGCCGCGCAGAUUUCGUCGGACGCCCUCUUUCGAGUGGCGUCUCCGAUUGAAUCU